GCCCUCCGCAACCCUAUCCACCCCGCCAGCAGCCAUGGUGUCGCCGUCGCGCUCUUGAGCCUACAUCGGCCAGGCACCGAAGCCAUUUCCUUCCCACCGCCGAGGCAGCUUUUUUUUUCUCAGAAACUAACGACGGCAAGACAUGCCCCCGAAGCGCAAGGCCGCGGCCUCGUCCGGCGCCGGCACCGGCAGCAGCAGCAACAACAACAGCAGCAAACGGCAGUCGAAGCUGGCCAAGGAGCACAACAUCUCGGCCGACGAGGAGGCCGAGAUCAGGGAGGCCUUCAGCCUGUUCGCCGAGCCCAUGGAGGGCGAGAGGGAGGGCGUGAUGCCCAUCGAGGACGUGCGCCGGGCCUUGAUUGCCCUCGGCAUCCCCCCGACCGACCAGGCCGAGCUCGCCGACUUCGUCUCGAUCCUGGACCCGGAUGAUGAAGGGUUCGCGCAGUACCCGUCCUUUGUCGCCAUCUGCGCGCUCAAGCUGCACGCGGCGCACCAGGGCUCCGACGCGCACCUGCGCGAGGUCGACGACGCCUUUUCCCUCUUUACGCACGGCGGCGGCGGUAGCGGCAGUAGCGCCCACCGCGAUGGCAGCAGCAGCAGCAGCGACCAGCCCGUCAUCACCGUGGCGCACCUCCGCCGCGUGGCCGCGAUGCUCCAGGAGGAGGACGUGGGCGACGCGCUGCUGCGCGACAUGAUCCUCGAGGCCAACGGGGGCGCCGGCGUCGCCAGGGGCGUCACGCGCGACCAGUUCGAGGACGUCAUGCGGCGCGCCGGCGUUUGGAGGUGAUGAUGGCCCGACGAGGGUGCGCUCGGGGCAGGAACCGAAGCGUCCUUUUUUCCUUUCCCCUUUGGCCUCUAUUCGAAAUUACGGAACGACAACAGAUACGCGAGACCCCAAGUGGUCCUACCAACGCCUCGCUCCCACCGUCACUCUCGUCCGGGGGGUGCGUCCGGAGCAGCCAGCCCCCCCUCGGGGUCCGCGCGCGGUUCGCGAUGGAAUUACAGUUGCGCUGGCUGUGACGCCAUGACGCAGGUUUCUGUCGCAAGAAGCAUGGGGUCGAUGUAGGGCAUCCAACGAUGACAUCAGGGCUCUAGAUGGACAGCGAAUCGCCCCCAGUCUGGCUGGUCGAUACCAAUCAGUUCACGACACCCUCAAUCAGCCUUUGGGUUUCCUUUGGCAGGGAUUACAGGGCAGGCCGAGCACGUGCCAAGAGGAGAGAAUCGCUCCAAGAGGUGGCAGGGACAGUGGUGGCAUUCUGGACAAGCGCAAAUCCCUGGUGGCUUACUUCCCCAUGAUUCGCGGGUAAAGCAUCGGUUUUUGAACCAUCCGUUCGAGCUGCCAACUACAUUCAUUGCUUGGUGGGUGGGUGGACGGCGCCGCCGAGCUGGUGAUUGUCGACGACCCCUGGCGUGUUAUGAAGAGAAACAGGCAGACAUAUCUAUAGUGUAACAACUGAAUGCGAUGCCGUCAUCUACCCCUCGCCGACGAGUAUAUGACGACAUGGUAGCAGUCUUGCUCAAUACGAAAGAUUUGCCGAUCCGGUUCACCUCCAG